GCCCGAUCUGCGACGACGCCACGUCCGCCACCCGUUGCUGUGCCAAACUUGUCACGAUGGCGCGCGGAUGCCGCUGAGGCCCGCACCUGCCUGGGAUGCCUCGAGGUUGGGUAGUUGAGUCAAUAUCCGACGUGACAUCCGCUGAAGAAGUCGACAACCCACGGCAGACGAUGGCCCCGUCUUCCUCCGUACGUUUGUGUCUGUGUGAAUUUUUUGCUGCAUGGCGUGAGUCGAACGACGGCACAUGGAGGCAACCGAGGAGGGAGCUCUCGAUAAAGGCACGAUGACGGCGCGCCGUUCAUCUCUCCAGCCGGCGUCGUCAUCUGCAAGUGCACAAGAUUCGAGUACGCCAUGAAGUGGUGUUUGAAGAAGGCAUCACGUUUCUCUCUGGGCAACCCCCCCACAAAACUUCGUGUACACCUGUCACAGGAACGACUGCGGCACGUGUCGGAACGUGCCGAACUUGGGGAAGCCCGCGAGGCGAUCUUGGCCGUGACCAUUCCAGAAGUGCCCGGGAGCCUCAAGCGGUUUUGCCACGACUUUCUCGAGCACCGCGCGAUUACCGAGUUCAACUACAGGUACAGCGACGCGACGAGAGCGCACAUUUUCGUGGGGUUGCAAACCACAAGCCGCAGCGACGUGCAUGGCCUUGUGGACACACUCAACGCCGCAUCGUUUGCCACCAUCGACUUGACCGACAAUGAGCUCGCCAAGGAGCACGUGCGACACAUGGUUGGCGGCCCCGCGCCGCGCUCGGCCACGUCGGUCCGCGAGAAGCUGUACCGAUUUGUCUUUCCGGAACGCCCGGGGUCCCUCACCUACUUUCUCGACAGCAUGGGUGACCACAACUGGAACAUUAGUUUAUUCCACUACCGCAACCACGGCGCCGACUACGGCCGGGUCCUUGUCGGGAUGCAAGUUGCGCCGGCAGACGACGACGCGUUCGACGAGUUCCUCGACGGCGUCGGCUACGACUGGUUCGACGAGCAAGACAAUCCAGUGUACAAGCUGUUUUUGGACUCGCGCCACGAAACACUGUAAUCGUUUUCAACGUAU